ACACAUAAAUACAAGCCUUGAUUCGUUCCUAUCCACUGGUUUCACUUUCAUGCCAGAAGCUUUUUCUCCUUAAUUAUUUCUCAAUUUGACUCCUCCUCCCGAUGCAGAUGAUCAGCUCCACGCUUCCGUCGCAAAACCUGCACUCCUUUCAUACCAAACGCGCCGCCUUCCAAUACCGGCUACUGUCGCCGCUAAACCCUUCAGCGAAACCCCAACCUAGAGCAACAUCAUCAUCAACUGAGUUGAAUCGGCAACACCUCUCCAACCUCGACAAACUCCUCCUGAAAACUACCCAACCCGUCGACCCUGUAGAAGUCAUUAACAAAGUCUCCGACAAUGGGUCGAUGGAAAACAAGGGGAGAGGCUUUCUCGAAGGGCUUAAUUUGGCUAGGCUUUGGGAUGAAGCCAAAGCUGCUGAAGAAAUGUCGCCAAGGCAUUUGAAUCGUCUCCAGCGUCUUUUAUCCAAGACGCAGGAGUAUUCCCCCAGGAACAACCUCGGUUCCCGAUGGCGCGAGUACCACGGUUGCAAAGAUUGGGCGGGUUUGAUCGACCCGCUCGACGAGAACCUCCGCCGCGAGGUGGUUAGGUACGGCGAGUUCAUUCAGGCCGCUUACCACGCCUUCCAUUCAAACCCUGCCACGCCCGUCGAGGAGGCCCCACUGCCUAGACACGUGGCCUUGCCAGAUAGGUUUUAUAAGAUGACGAAGAGUCUCUACGCCACGUCAUCCCUCGGCCUACCCAAGUGGGUAGAUAACGUGGCACCAGAUCUUGGGUGGAUGACGCAGAGGUCCAGCUGGAUUGGAUACGUCGCCGUUUGCGACAACAGAAGGGAGAUCCAACGGAUGGGAAGGAGGGACAUUGUCAUCGCGCUGCGAGGGACUGCCACGUGUUUAGAAUGGGCCGAAAAUCUUCGAGCCCAAUUAGUCGAAAUCCCUGAAAACAACGACCCAACCCAGAAAGUAGAAUGCGGGUUCUUGAGUUUACACAAGACGAGCGGAUCUCACGUGCCAAGCCUGGCGGAGGCCGUCGUUGGCGAAGUACGGCGGCUGAUGGAACUCUACAAAGGUGAGACCUUAAGCAUUACCGUCACCGGCCACAGCCUCGGCGCGGCACUAGCUCUCCUAGUGGCCGACGAAUUAGCCUCAUGUGCACCUGAAGUACCCCCUAUUGCCGUGUUUUCAUUCGGAGGGCCUCGGGUAGGAAAUCCGGGCUUCGCGAACCGUAUCAGUUCAAAGAACGUAAAAGUGCUCCGAAUCGUAAACAAUCAAGACCUAAUCACCAGAGUCCCCGGCGCAUUCGUGGGCGAAGAACGGGAGCAAGAGUCGAAAAACACAAGGUUUGGGAAAAUGUGGGCGUACACCCAUGUGGGAACGGAGCUUCGACUGGAUACGAGGAUGUCACCGUACUUGAAGCCGAAUGCGGAUGUGGCAUGUUGCCAUGACUUGGAAGCGUAUUUACACUUGGUGGAUGGGUUCUUGGCAUCAAAUUGUCCGUUUAGGGCAAAUGCGAAGAGGAGUUUAGUGAGGUUGUUGAAUGAUCAGAGAUCUAAUGUGAAAAAGUUGUAUAUGAGCAGGGCAAAAUCGUUGAGUUUGAGUCAUAGGAGGGAUAGAAUUCCCAUGUCCGGUUAGUCCACCAUGAUAUAAAUAAAUUUUCAAAUAAUUUUUGUAAGUUUUUUAGGGAAUAUUUGGGUUGUGGUUUGGAGUUAUUUUGUAUAGUACAGUGUUGUUAGAUAUGUAUAUUUGGUAAUUUUUUUCAAAUUAUUUUUUUUAAUUGUAAAAAAUUAUAAUAAAUUUAUAAUAAUUAG